AUGGUUAGACAGAAGAGCGAGCCGAACAAAAUCGAUGGGCGGAAACGCGACUCGAUCGAAGAAACGAAGCGAGAUGAACGAAACAGCGAAGAAGACGAGGGAAAGCCUAUUGUGUCCAUUCAACAACAACAUGAUGGGGCACAGGAGGAAGAUGUGGAUCGCUCGUUUCACGAAUGGGAAAUGCACCCGCAACCGCAAGAGAAAUACGUGCGCCACAUGAUGAAAAUUGACGAGAAAGCCUUCAGGAAGUCGAAUGCUAGGUUUUGGUUCAACGUGAAGAAAAUCGAGGACAAGUACGCGAGGCGGGACCCGGACAAAGAGAUAAUCUACGACUUCAAGAAGAAAAAAGCUUUUGUGCCCAAGGCGAUCACUGAUGAGGAGGCGUUGGAACAAAUGCAAAAGCUGAACGAGAUGCCCGAGUUUGGAGAGAGCGUUCUAUCGUGUUUCGAUCCGUCAACACAAGAAGAGGACUCACCCGGGCAAAAGAAGGGGAAUCGGCAAAGGGACGCGCUGAAUAAGAUAUUCGACAUGCAGUACGAGUCAUGCCCACUCGCCCUGUUGCCAAAGGAGCCGACUCUACAGCUACCACCACCACCAGUUCGCCUACCAAUCGAGGGAGUGCCCACCGAGACGGAGACACGCAAAAGAACGAUCGUCAUCACUGGCGAGGCAUCGGAAGUGUCAAAAUUCUUCUCCUCGACGAACAAUAUCUUCGCCCUUUUCGCCGAUCAGAAACCAGCGCUGACGGGUGAUACGAAUGCGGAAAAGGAAAGCGAGGAUGGGCCAAUCGUCGAGCAAAACGUUGAACAGCCGCAUGAGGAUCAGGUGAAAUGCAUCAAAGAGGAGCCAAUCGAUUUCCCGGUCACUCCGAUGAUGAACAACGCUGAUCUAUUAAAUCGACGCUCAUCACGAAGAAAAACGAUCGAAAAUGCUUUCAGCGAUGGAUUGAUGACGCAUUGCCAA